GUUCUACAGGCCUUGACAAUUUGCAAAUGAACAACUACGGACAGAAUCAGCCACAUACCACUUCCCAGAACGUCCUCGAGGAGCAAAAGGAUCCGGGGGUGGAGGAUCUACAGAGGGCGAUAAACAAGAAAAGGGAGCAGGUUCUUCAGAAGCGCGCGGAAAUCUCCCGUCUUGGCAACCUCGAGCCGGCAGAGACGAAGCUGCGCGCAGAAUGUGCAGCGAUGGGAAAUCGCUUGCGGGCGCAGCUGACGGAAGCGAAUCCCGGAAUGGGCAAUCAUGUAAUCGACGCAUCAUCAAACAGUACGAAUGUGGAUGAAAGGGGAAACCAGCAGAGCAGCUCCGCGUCACCUGCAGGAACGGCGACGGCGGCAGCCUCGCCGAAUGGCGCAAGUCGUUUCGCGAAACUCGAGCACCCGCAUUGGCGACGGUCGGUUUUGCAGGCGGUAAACGCCAUCGAGGCGAUUCCGGAGGAGAGAACUAAACCCACGCGUAAGACUUUGGAAAGGGACAAGCAGUUACUUGCGGGCGCAGCGCGCAAGUUAGACGAGCGGGAGUUUCAGAAUGAGUGCGGCUGCGUGGCCGGAGCGCGGCUGUUGAACAAACUGGUGGAAUUUGCGCUGGAGGCAACGAAAAUAUCAUACGAAUCCGUCACAGAGGAAGCCGAAGUCGACUUCUUGGAUUUGAAAGCGUCCGCCGUUCUCGUCGAGCACGUAGAAGAGGACAGUAUACUAUCAAAAUACAACGGGGCGAAAGACGACAACGUGAAUAAGAAUAGUUCCGGUGGUGGUGGCUACCACUCGCCACUGCAGGAUGAUGUGGAGUUCGAUCCACGCGCGAGUUCUCCCUUGCGGCGCAGCACCAUUCACGGGACAACUGUCAAUACAGCCGACAAGGCAGCAGAGCAGGGAGGAGCCUGUUCAUCUCGAGGUUCAACUUCUACGCAGCAGGGAGACCACAUCAAUUCCGAUGCCGCACACCAACCGUCUCGGCGCGGCACGAUUCACGCAGACUCACUGACCACCACAUCGCAGCACGAAGCGAAUUCCAAUGUGCAACUGUGGCGGUCAGCCCAGGAGGUCGGACUUUUGGGGAAGCACGCGGCGCAACUCGAACUGUUUUUUCGCCGAAAGCUUCUCGCUAGAAUGCGUAAAUGGUUGCGCGUGACGAGGAACGCGCACCGGAAUCUAGACAAAAAGGGGGACGAAGAGGAGCAGCGGCAGCUGAAGCACGAAGAGCACUUGGAGCAAAAACGGCGGGAGCUCGAGGCGCUUAUCAGCAGCAGGAAUGACCGCCUGGCUGCUCUUGCAGCCGAGGCUGCGAACACAAGCUGCGAGGAAACUGCAGCCAAUCCGCAAGAGCAAGAACCGACUGGUCGGGAAGCGGAGGAAGCAGAAGAUUCUGCAGAAGAACAAAAAGACUACUCAGAACUACCUCGAGAGCAGAGCAGCCCCAAUGCUUUAAGCGGAACAACAUUCUCACAACCUAAGAACCCACCGCAGCACCCUACUCCCGCCACUCUCCAGAUCGAAUCUACGGAGGUGGUAGCUAACUUCUUUCGGACCGAACGGCAGUACCUGGAGCGUGUGGUCCAACAAGACCGGCGGCACGAGCAGUUAUGGGAGUACCUGGUGGAGCAGCGCGCCCUGGAGCAGCAGAAAAACACAACGACGGCGAGUGGAAACAAAACUCGGCGGAACAGCUUGUUUUCCACUGCUGCGGCCGCCGCUGCGGCGGUGAAUCGCAGCAAGCGGAUGACAGUGGCACCCAAUAAAAUCGGCGGAAUGGGUACGAGUUCCGGGCCCCUUUCGGGAGAUCAGAAUCAUGCCUCGGAGAUGAAUACCGGUGCCUCUGCUCCAAAUUCGCCCGGAGCUGCCGGAGACCAGGAAAAAUCUUCAGAUAGCCCCUCGACCAUGAUGAGCAAGGACGCGGCUACCAGUCCAGUAGCAACAACGCCGAAGCGCCGACCGUCCAACAAGCGAACGGCGCAGCAGCAUUUAGAGCACGUUCACCUCGCUGCAACAUCUGGUGCCGGAACGUCAGCAGGGCUGAAUUUUGCAGCAGGUUCUAGUACGGCUUCUAAACCUGCUACCAUCGGGUUGCUCGUGG